AAAAGUGGGUUGAGUUGAGGAGGAAACUUGAGUUGGAGGAGGAUAACAGCCGUUGAUUUGAAACACAAUAACGAUAAAUGAAAAUGAUUGCGGGAGAGAGAGUGAGAGUGAGAAAAGAGAUAUUAUAGAAGAGAAGAGAAAAGAAGAAGAGAGUAAUGGCAGUAGUAGCAGUGUCUCAUUCAUCAGCACCACCCACUUUCAACUUGAACAAGUCUCCCAAAUUCCCUCCCUCCCCAAUCUCUGCUACCUUUCCAAUCCCUAACUCCGCCACUUCCACUUCCAGAAUUUUCUGCCGCGCCACCAAUUCACGCACCGACCCCGUCAAAAACAAAAACAACAAGAAGAAGAAGCGCAAGAAGACUUCCGACGAAUCCCUCCCUCAAAUGAAUCCCAACGAUGAUUUCCAAGUUCUGAACGAUUUUCCCCUCCAAAAUGGCCCCGACACUUCCGAUGCUCCUAUCCAUUAUCCUUCCAUGCCGUUGCCCGAACCGCCAGCUGGAUUCGUCUUAGACGAUAACGGCAACGUUCUCCACGCUUCCCCAAAUCGACUUAUCACUGUCGUUGAUCCUACCAACAACCUUCCGUUGGAGUGCGUGAUUAGGAGAGUCUUCAAAAGUUCCGAGAGAGAUGAAUGUAUGUUGCUCUGCCCUGUUGACACGCCUGUCCAAAUAUUGAAGAGCACAAAAGCUGAUGGAUGGUCUGCUAUCAGUGAUGAGGAAGUUGAAUCUAUUCUGCCUGCCGCAGCUUAUGCACUUGCCAAGAUACACAUGCAUCUUGUUUAUAGUGGGUAUUGUUAUACAGCACGUGGUGGUUUUUGCUACACAGAAGAAGACAUAUUUGACUUCCACACAGAUGACGGCAAGGGAGUAGAUGGCUUGCCAACUGAAGGUGUAGAAAUUACAUCUUUCGAUCAGGAAGGUGCCCGCUACAUGAUUUAUACACCAUCUGAUCCACUUCUUUUUGUUGCUAUGAAGGGUGAGAACGGGAUGUUAUACAUUGCUGAUGAUGAUCUACUUGAGGAUCCUGCUGUCAUUGACGCCAUAGAUGAGGAGACCGAAUUUAAUGCCUUGGUGGAAGAAGAAGCUGCACUUAUAGAAGCAAUGAUGCAUGAAAGAUAACCUAUGUUUUUAAUUCUAGUCUUUAUCCUCUGGAAUGCCACGGCCUGGUCUGACUGCAAAUAUCUGGUGAUGCUGAAUAGAAUGGUCCUCUUGUAUGCAUAUGAUCAAUUUUGUCUAGUAUGGGAUAAAGCCUCCUUGGCGCUAUUUUUAUGUUUUACGUUUUGAUCAUCAAUAUUGAACGGGAUCAUUGUGUUAACCACCUCUAAUUUUUGUUGUUCAUUGUUUUGUGUUGGACUUGUCUCUGGAUUUAUAAUUUAGCCAGUAACACAGCCUUUAUAAUUCUUUGAAAACUAUUUAAGUGAAUAAAUGUUCAUCCGUUACUAUAAA